AUGACCGAUAUCCCAGAGCCGCGCACCCCGGAGCAAGCUCCUCCAGGUGCCGGCCAGGAGAUUCAGAGCCCUAGCUCGGAAUCCUCCUUGGACACCGCGCCGGUGCCCAAGGUAGGCCCCGCGCCUGGUGAGGACACUCCAGACUUCGGGGGAACGAGGCAAAAGAAGAAAGGUCUGGAAGGCUGGGCAGGGCAGGCAGCCCCGGCGAGUGGACCCACUGAGGCCACGCCGGAGGCAGAGCCGAAGGCCUUGCCAAAAGGCGCUCCGGCAGCGAAGGCCAACGGUAGGGAAGCUCCGGAGCAGGAGCAAAAGCCCACCUCGUCGCCGGCCGACGAAGGUGAGGAAGAGGAGUCAGAGGAGAGCUCCGAGGGCCAAGGGCUGGCGGAGCAGUACGGAGAAGCCCUGACCUUGCUGGACGAGAUCAGCCAGGCUAUCUUCGCGAGCGGUGGAGGGCACUUGCUCAAGAGCAUGCGUCUCCCAACUUCCCUUAAGGGGCGAGACGACUGGGAGCGCUUUGCCUUUCAAGCAGAGACCUACCUGGCGGUCGUAGACACCAGGUAUCCGGCAGAGCUGGAAAUAGCUCGAAAGCGCAAGGUGCCACUCCAAAUGGCAGCCAUGACCGAAGAAGUGCGGACCCUCAGCGUCCGCCUCUUCGGCAUGCUGGGCAGUUGGACCCAGGACUCCGCCACAGCUGUAAAGCUGGCGCACGGAGUGAAGGGCCAAAAUGGGUUCGAGCUCUGGCGUCUCCUGCGGCAGGAGCACAACCCAGAGAACGAGUCCAAGAACCUCACCUGGAGGCGGACCCUGCUGAUGCCGAAGUUCCCGCCAAAGGAAAGCGACUUCUCCUUGGCUCUGCAGGAAUGGGAGGCAGACGUGGACCGCUACGCCUCCGAGUAUGGCGCAGGGCGCGCCCUAGCAGAUGAAGAUCUGCGGGCAGUGCUGGUGACCGAGAGCCCCAACGCUCUUCGGCAACACCUCGCUAUGCACGCGGCGAGUCUUUCGACUUAUGCCGAGGUGAGGGAAGUAGUGGUGAGCUACUUGCAAGCCAAAAGGGUCUGGACCCCAAGUGCGGGCUACGCCGCCUCUUCCCGAAGGGACCCUAACGCCAUGGACAUUGGCAGAAUAGGGGACCGAGACGGAAAAGAAGGGAAGGGCAAAGGCGACAAAGGCAAGAAAGGGGACAAGGACCACAAAAAGGGCAAGGGCGACCACGACCACAAAGGCAAGAAAGGGGACAAAAAGGGGAACCAGCAAGGAGGUAGAGACGGCAAAGAGAGAUGCCCCAUCUGCUGGAAAACGGGGCACACCGUAAAAGAGUGCUGGUUCAACGCCAAGGGAAAAGGCAAAGGCAACAAAAGCCAAGUGGCCCAGGUGGCCGACGACGCGGCCACAACGUUGUCAACAGCCUCCUUGGCGACUGCGGGCCCCUCCGCGUCCCAAGCUGGAGGAAGCACUGGCGGCUCUGGCGGUAAAGGCCAGGUGCGCCAGGUGCGCGACGACCGCAUCUUAGGUGUGCGGUUUGCCCCGCCUCACGACACCGAGCCAGAAGAGGAAAAGCCCGAGGCGUUUCCCGACCUGCAGCCCGCGGGCCCACCAAAGAGCCUUUACUCGGUGGACAACAGCCGGUGCGGCAUUUGGCUCCACCGAGAGGACAGCCACAUUUUGUGGCCCGACGGCGUCCGUCAACAAACCGGGUGGCACCGGUGGCGGCAGAGCCACCGAGCCGACCUGGGACACUACGACUACAUCCCGGAGCACGACCUCGAAGCUCGAGAGGUGGAGGACGCGGCGAUGGAAGCAGCAGCCGACGAGGAGGCCGAAGCUGCUGAAGAGGAGAACGUGGUGCGAGAAGUGCGUGCGGAGGGAAAGGCGCGCGAGGACCCUCACCGCCGCCGGGAGCCCUCGGAUGAUCCGGUGACGCCGCUUGUCACCAUGGAUUAUCAGUUCUAUAGCCGGGACGGGAAAGAAGUUGAGGAAGAAGCGUCGCUUGCCACGGUGCUGAACCUCACAGACAGGGCCACUGGCUGGACUCUGUCGGUUCCCGUGGCGCACAAAGGGCACAGACACGCGGCCUACGCCGCAGGGCUAGUGGAGCAGUUCGUGGAUCGCCUGGGGCACGUGGCCUGGCUGCAAGCCCGGUUCGGGACCAAGUCGACGGACGGGGUGACACAUCGGGCCGCCACUGGCACCGACUAUGGUGGAGCACUUUGCUCUUUUGGGGAAACCGUUCUAGCUAAGCUCCCGAGGCCCGGGAACAAAGCGCAAGUGAGCUGGGUCAAAGGGGUCUGGGCCGGCAAGCUGGAGCGCGACGACUCCCACGUGGUGCUAACCGAAGCUGGCGCACUCAACGUGAGGAGGAGCGUCAGGCGACUCCCGCCGGAGACCCGGCACCAGACGGCAGCCGUUCUCAAAGCGUGCGGCCUGCCUUGGAACCCCAGAUUUGGCCGCUCAGCGCCAGCAGAACGCAGCGAGCCGAUGAUGGUUCCAAUCCCUCUGGCCACGCCGGCCGAGGAAGUGGAGCGGCUAGAACCGCCCGGUGAGCCCUGGCUCUUCAGCGACGGGCCGCGGCCCGACGACGAGGCCCUCUUAGUCGGGGGCCGAGCAGGCCAGCAGGCUCCCGGACGCCAGCCCUACCGAGGAGCUGGCAACGCAGACAUACCGGACUACGAGCCGUCCGACGUGGAGGCAGCACCUUCCGCAGCAAGCGCUGCCGCAACAAGCGGCAAGCCCCAGCCGCCAACGACGGCUCAGGCGAAGGGGGGCAGAAGCGCGACUCUGCGGGUUCCUCCGCGAGCGCAGCGGCAGCACAGCAGCCGCCUGCAGCAAAGUGUGGCAGCACAUCGCUGCCUUAACUUAGCCGACCCACCGCUCACCAACCACAAGGGCGAGCGGGUCGAGCAGGCACGCAAGGAGCAGCUAAGAAAGCUGUGGGACCGAGGUACAAGUCAAGGUGUACCUGUCAAGGCCCGCUACAGCCCAGAACAGGAAGCUGGCUUGGACGUUUUCGUCCCAACGCCAACGCCCGAGAGUCACUCCCUACUUGAGGUAGCAGCGCUACACAACGAAGGGUGGGUCACAAGGUCUCUGGAUAUUGUGGCCGCCUUCCUCAUAGGGAAGGACCGCGGUGCGGCGGAAGGCCGCCCGGUCUACAUGUAUGCGCCUGUGGAGUGGCGCGAGCUCUUUGACCAAUGGGUCUUGGAGCAGCCUGCAAAGGACCAGCAGUGGUACCGAGACCACUUCCGGGACUUUGUGUUCCGAGUGGACGGCAACCUCUACGGCCGAAGAACGGCUGGGUCCGUCUACAGGGACGAGCUGGAAGAAGUCCUCGCUGGCAAGCUGGCCAAGGACUACGACUUCCAGCGGGGCGUGAAGGACCCGUGCGUGUACCUAGACCGCCGGUCCGGCCUAAUCCUUCUCCACCACAUCGACGACAUCCGUGUCGCAGGCCCCAAGGCCGCAGUGCUGAAGUUCACGGAGGUGGACCUUCCGACGCACUGUGAGAUAACGGUGGGAGAACUGGAAGAGCCGGGCACAGCGGUGGAGGUCCUGGGAAGGACCAAGGUGCGCACAGAGGACUCUAUCCUCACGCUGCCCGACAGCAAGCACGCUGAGAAUGUGCGAGUCGAGGAGCUCUCUGCGGGUGACGCCGCGAGGUUCCGCAGCGCCGUGGGUAGUGCUAUCUACCUGUCGGCGGACAGGCGAGACAUACAGUUCGCCGUGAAAGAGCUGGCGCGAAGGAUGCAGAACCCAAGGGUCUGCGACUGGCUCGCUGCGGAAACCCUCGCGCGAUACCUGCGGGCAACCCCGCGGUUUGGAAGGGUAGUUGUGCUGGACCCCGCGUCCAAGAGCACAGCUCUUCUGAACUUGGAGGUCUACUCCGACUCCGACUGGGCAGGGUGCCCAGAAACGAGAAGGAGCACAGACAACAUAGUUGCCUGUCUCGGGGGAGCAGUCAUCCAGACAAGCUGCCAGACACAGCCCGGCCUCCCAGCCACCUCCAGCGGAGACGCGGAGAUCCGGGGAGUGUCGCGAGCAGCAAGGGAGGCCGUCUUCCUACGAGAGCUUGCGGAGAAAGACUUCGCCCUAGCCUGCGGCUUGCCGCGGCUCUGGGCAGACUCCGCAGCCUCGAUCGGAGCCGCCAAGCGCAUAGGACCAGGGUCCAAGCUGAGACACCUGGAAGUCGCGGAAUUCUUUGUCCAAGGCGCGCUCAGAGCCAAACUUCUCGAACUGAGAAAAGUUAAGGGAACCGAAAAUCCGGCAAACUUCGCUACCAAGCACGCGAAGACUGGACCGGAGGUGCGGCAAUCCCUGCCCUCCAUGGGCAUGGUGGACCUCGAUGCGGUCGCAGGCGCCACCGAGGCUCUGGCCCAAAAGGGCACGAUCAAGUCGAUCCAGGCAAGCCCCUGGAAGAUGAGACCGCCGACCAAGCUCACGAGCUCGGCGCUCAUGGCCACAAUCGUGGCACUGCAGGUUCGACCUGCUAAGGCCCAAGGGCACGACUUUGCUGAGCUGGUGCUCGGCUUCGCGGCUUUUGGCUUCCUGGCCUUCCUGUGGAUGCUUUGGAGCCUGGUCUCCUGGCUCUGCAGACGCAGACCUGAAAGGCAGGAGCCAGAGCCCGAAGAUGAGAUCGAGCACCACGCCGAAGCGUGUCGAAGAGCCGCCGCGUGCAGCCCAAAGGGCCACGGAGGUCCGCCCCCUGCGGCAGCUCCUCCACCACCGCCGCCCGCUGCACCAAGGGUGCGGCGCAGGCGUAGGGGACCGGAACCCCUGUCCGGGGACGACGAGCAUCUCUACGAGACAGCCCGUGGUGACAAGAUCCACCUGUUCACCAACUGUAAUGGGCUGAGCUCCGUCCCAGCGGAUCAAAUCCUGAUCGGCUUUCGCUGCCAUUGUGCAGCAGAUCCUCAGAACACCGAGUUCCUCUGGACCGGGUUCGCCUUUCAAGUGGCCACCGGCCGCGUCGUGCGCCGGUACCAUGGCCAACAGCGCGGUUGCCCAUUCAUGCAAGGGGCAACGAUCAGACACAGGGUGUGUCUCCACUGCCGCAACGGGCACCAGAGCACCAAGCCCGGCAGUGCGGUGAACAACUCCCGCCACUGGGAGCAUCCACCUAGAGGCCCCUAG